AAAGAUUCUUACCCGUCUAUAUAAUAGGGAGUCUAUGUAGAAUAUCUCUCAUCUGUGUCAUAAUUUCACCCCUUGAAUCUUCAUUAGACAGCCAGCAAUAACAAUGGAGUCAAGUCCUCACGUUGUGGAAGACCUGAACGGGGUCGUAAAACUCUAUAGCGACGGUUCCGUUUUCCGGGCUGAUUUCGUACCGGUGUUUAUCCCAAACCACGACGAUCCAACUGUGGUUUGGAAAGAAUGCCAAUUUGACCCGCAAAACAACCUCAUCCUCCGUUUAUACAAGCCCGUUUCCGGCCCAGCUCCGGGAGCUAAAUUCCCGAUUGUGUAUUUCUUUCACGGCGGUGGGUUUUGCGCGGGUUCAUGCACGUGGGCCAACAACCAAAACACGUGCCAACGCCUGGCUUCUGGGCUUCAAGCCUUGGUUGUUGCACCCGACUACCGGCUGGCGCCGGAGCACCGGCUCCCUGCAGCCGUGGAUGAUGCCUUGAAUUCCCUCAAAUGGCUUAAAGAUCAAGCUAUCUCGGACAAUCCUGACGCGUGGCUGCACGAUGAUGACGUGGAUUACGGACGGGUUUGGGUCAUCGGCGACUCCUCCGGUGGAAACAUGGCGCACCAUUUGGCCGUCCAGCUCGGGCCUGGUUCGCCGGAGCUUCCUCCGGUUAAGGUUCGUGGAUAUGUUCUGAUGGCUCCAUUUUUCGGUGGAACCGUGAGAACCAAGUCCGAGGAAGGCUUGCCCGAACCAAUCUUGAACCUUGACAUUCUUGACAGGUUCUGGAGGCUAUCGUUGCCAGUUGGGAAAAAUGCGGAUCACCCGCUGGCAAACCCUUUUGGACCUUACAGCAAGAAUCUGGAAACAGUGGAGAUGGAUCCGAUGUUAAUCAUUGCUGGAGAGAAGGAAUUACUAAAAGAUAGGGUGGAGAACUAUGCCAUGAAGUUGAAGAAUUUUGGGAAGAAAGUUGAGUACGUGGAAUUUGAAGGACAGUAUCACGGUUUCUUCAUUAACGACCCUUACUCCAGAUUAGGAGACCAAGUUCUUCAACAUUUAGAAAGUUUCAUUUCAAAACUUUCUGGUAAUAAUUAGUUUGCUAUAAAGGUAUUGUACAUAUUGUCCAAUAAGAGAUCCGAACUUGUUUUAAAAUUAUCAACUGAUGAAACAAUAAAGAAGCGAAGAGUUAUGUACCCAAAG